AUCUUGUUAAAUCCCAUUUUAUGAAUAGAAAAGCAAUAAGGAAUUGGUGGAAAGAUAGAACCUGUGUUACUUCUAAUUAUUUAUAUAACACAAGAGACUGAUCAUUAUCGUCUAAUCUCCCCUACGUUAGGCGAACACGCAUCGUUUGAUAGAAAAUUGUGAGAGACUCGGAUCAGCUGUCUAACGUCAUAUCAAUUUUCCGGAUAAAGGAAACUUUUAUUUAUAAAAUAAAUUAUCAUUCAUAAAAACCAAAGAUGGUCAAGUUCAGAAUAUCUGCACCGGGCAAAAUAAUCUUAUUCGGAGAACACGCGGUGGUAUACGGAAAGACUGCUGUGGCGGCCAGCCUAAACUUACGUACCACUAUUGAUUUAGUCCAAUUGCCUAAACAAUUACAAGAUAUAAACAAUGUUAUUAAAAUAGAGCUCCCUGAUGUCCAAUUAACUUUGAGUGUUCCUUUACAUUCAGUUACAGCCUACUUUGUAGACGGUAACAUGUCUGCUUUCGAUUAUCCGUUGAUUAAAAUUAACGAUCAGUUGCACAGCUAUGUGAAAGAGUUUGUCGAUUCGUUAAAGAGUCUUAUAAACAAGAGUAACAAAUCUAAAGUAGAGAGCAGUGUUCUCGACCAGCAGAAAGUAAGUUUACAAGCGUUCUUUUUCUCGCUCGUUUAUAUGAUCAAAGAAGAAGGACUCAACAUAAACAAGACCUCCUUCUGCGUGACCUUGUCCACGGAAUUAAUGGUCAGCGCUGGCCAGGGUAGUUCGGCGUCGUUCGCGGUAUGUCUUGCAGCGACUUUUCUGUAUUGGUCGCGCCUGCAGAAAGGAAUUAAACGCAAGGGCUUCGAAAGAGACGAGCUUGACAAGAUCUCUAAGUGCGCUUUAGAAUGCGAGCGAAUCAUGCACGAGACACCGUCGGGAAUCGACAAUACCGUAUGCACAUACGGUCAGAUGGUCAAGUUCCAGAAGAAAGAGGUGACGGAUAUGAUAAAACCGGAAUUCAACGUGCUGGAUUUUAACGUUCUGCUGGUUAAUACAAAUGUUAUGCGGAGUACGAAAAAUCAAGUGAAACAAGUAAAGGACCUGAAGAAUUUACAUCCUACAAUCAUCAAUCCCGUCUUGGACAGCAUCGACGCUCUGUCAAACGAUGCUUGGCAAACGAUCAGUAAAAUGUACGAAAAAUGUUGUCGCGACUUGUGCGGAAACCCUAUAACAUUUUCUAUGGAACCAGAUUGGUACGCGACAUUGUCGCGUUUCGUUCACAUGAACCAAAGAUUGUUAAACGUAUUAGACGUGUCGCACUCACAGUUAGAGGUGGUUUGCUCAAUGGCACGGGCACGUACGUAUGCGGGGAAACUCACGGGUGCUGGUGGAGGUGGAUUUGCAUACAUUUUGCUGCCGUUCAAUAUCUCGAACGAACACACAAAGUCCAUCCAGGAUCUCACAGAAGAAUUAAAGGAAAAGGGUUUCUACGUUACGAUGGCCACUCUCAGUUGUCGCGGAGUGGAAAUUGAUUAUCAUAAUGAAGUAUUUCCAGAUAAUUGAAAUUAAGUGAAACGAAUAAUUAUACAUUAAAAUAUAGCUUACUUACAAUGGUGUCCUUGGUAGAAGAAUGGAAAUAAAAUAUUAUUUUAUAUAAUUCUGUACGUUCAACACAUAAUAAAGCAUCUAUUUGUUAAAUAA